CUCGCGGGAGCGCGGUGGCCUGUGGGAAGUGUAGUCUCUUCAGCCCGGCGCGGUUGCCAGGGCAACGGUACCCUGGGGCCGGACGGCGGGGCGGGAGCGUGGCGCCGGGUUCCACCGAUAAACCGGCGUGGAACAUGGCUUUCUUAAGAAAAACCAGCCCACGUGCUCACCGUGUGUUUAGUGACCUCAGUGACAUCUCCUCAGAAGAUUCAAGGAUGGAAGACAUCAGAAACUUGAAAGUCAGUAGAAGUUUUACCCAAGCAGCCUCCGGUCAAAGCAGAUUUCUAAAAAGAAACCAAACUAUCGGCGAGAAACACUUCAACCUGCAAGACAGUGCUGUCCUGGGCAGCGGGGCCCGGCUGACCCUGGGCAGACCCCUCGCCACCGCCUCCAAGAUGCGAGCCAGCGCCGCACUCAUGAAGCUGGCCCAGCUGGAAACCAAGAUCCGGGGUCGGCAGAGCGCGCCCAGGAGCUGGUCUGACACGGAGUCUGACUCGCGGCUCCUGGAGGACGGUCUUGCCGAGAGCCUGGACAGAUCCGCCCCGGGAGCCACCUCGGGCCCUGCCUCGCCACACACCCACAGAACUUUCCAGAAACAAGCCCGUGAAGCCCCCCUCCCCAAGAGCAGUGUGCAGAGUGGGCGGGCCAGCAGGUUCCUGAAGAAGAAACAGCCACCUGCGGGUAGCGCGGCCCCCGAGGCCCAGGCUGGGAAGGAGAGGAAUCUUCCAACACCCAGACAGAAAGAGCCUGCUAGGAAAUUUGAUUCCCCAGACAGCGACGAAGAGGAAAUGAAAGAAUUGCUAGGAAGCUUGAUGGAAUCUUCUAGAGGAAAAGAAACAAGCCUGAAUCAGAGGUUCACCAGCACUGCCGUCAGUGAGAAGGAGCGCGCGAAACCAUCGGCGGGUCAGAUCCCUGCCCCGCCCCGAGCCCCUCUGUCCAGAGCGGAGCUGUCCUGCUCAGAGCCUUCCCAGACCCUGGGCCUGUCCAGCCCGCGGUCAGCGCGCCGGGGGUCAGCGCGCCGGGCCCUCCGCAGUACUCGGUCGGGAACCUGCUCCCCGCAGACUCAGGCGGCUCGCGACACAGCCUCCCUCGACACAGCCUCCCCCGCCUCCUCGAUUUCCAUCCCCGACGCGGUUUCAAGAUCAAAGUCUUCAGCGAUGGGUCACAUCCAGCUCGCGUCUUCCUCCGGGAGGAGCCGGAGGAGCGAGCCCGGGCCCGGGGGAGCCUCGGACCCCGAAGCCUCCGACGACAGCCUGAACGAUUUUAGAAUCAAUAUUUUAUCCCUUGAUGAUCUGUCUCCGGCCGUCAGUGAGCGAUCAGACUUGGAACAGAAAGAAGGUGCCACUCAGAGGGCGAGAGCGCCAGGCAGGAGCCGCCCCGACCAGACACCUGCCGCACUGGACGCACCGAGCCAUGCCCUGCCCAUGGGCUCAGCAUUUCAGGGGAAGGCCACCUCUGUGGUUGGGGACGAGGGCCUCCCCACUGAAAGUGAGGUCUCAGAGCGUCUGAGUGCCAGCCUGGCCUCUGCCGCCCAGCAGGACAGUGUGUCCAGCGCCAAGCCGUCAUCCGAGACGCCCACAGAGGACAGCGUGGGCUCGGCGUAUUCGGAAGAUUUUGAAAGCCCGCCGAGUCCCCCGGCCUCCGAGCCGACGGCUCCUUCCGAGGCAGCUCUGGACGGAACACUGGCCACCGUGUCGGAAUGCUGGAGGAGUCUGAGGACAGACACCCCCAAACCGCCCAGGGCUAGGAAGAAGGGCGGCCGGGGCGUGGAGAGGGUCAGCGUGAGGGAAACGGCCGUGCAGACCCUGGACCCGGCCCUCACCUACCAGUGGACCAAGGCGGCCGGGAUGGCGGCCAUUGGGCCUGCCCUCGGGAGUUCCUAUGUCGACCCAGUGCCCAUUGCCAGCCACGUCGUCAGUGCCGAUGCCUUAGAAGUCCUGACAGCCUACAGCCCUGCGGUGCUGGCGCUCAACGACAUGCUGAAGCAGCAGCUGAACCUGACGCAGCAGUUCAUCGCCGCCAGCCGCCACCUGCACCUCUCCCUCCUGAGGUCCAUGGAAGGGGACUCGUUCCACUACCACUCCCUGGAGGAAGCCAAAGAGUAUAUCAGGUGCCACAGGCCCACACCGCUCACCAUGGAGGACGCUUUGCGGGAGGUGCAGGAGGAGCUGUAAGUACCAGGCCACCCAGGGCACGGCAGGGGAGUGACAGCAGCACAGAGGGCCUCACCCAGUCCUGGGAAACCCUGCCCUCAGAGGACUCAGCCACAGGGAUCUUGCCUCAGAAAAGUCACUCAGGUGAUGUGGCCGCCACCUCAGAUGAUGCAAAACCACUCAGUUUGUCCAGACAUCUGGACCCCAAGUGCCCCACCUGUGGACUGCUACCCUCUGCUCCCAACGGGCUUGCAGCCAGCUCCUCUCCACCCUGUCCAAGCCGUGCUCCGUGUGUCACCCGCUUUAUGCUCCAAUCCCAGCUUCUGGGAAUUUCUGGAGAGAGCCUGGCAGCGCCCCCAGCUGAGCGCUUCGCAGCCAAGUGUGCUGUGCCCGAGCCCCAGCCCGGCUCUUCCUCACAGCCUCAGCUUGCGCUCCAGCCACCCCUCCCGCCAGGACAGCUUGCAGAGAUGUCUCCUGAGAAAUCCCUAUGGCAUCAGCCUCUGGACAGGUGGCUUCUGAGGACAGGGACUAAGAGGCAAGAGUGGAGGACCCACACCUCACACAUAGCCCGGAUGGUUCUCUGUGGCUGCAAAGCCCCCUUGCAGAGGGAAGGGAAGGAAGCGAGUGGAUGUGGCCUUGCUCAGGAGCACAGGCACACGCCUCUUCAAGGCAGGAGUGGGAAAGGGGAAGGACGGGCCUGGGAAGGGAGCCUAGCAGCCUUCUGGAGAACAUGCUCCCGGUGCUCCGUUCUCAGGCGGGUAAGCAGAGGGGCCCACACAGCAGGUGCUGCCACCUAAGGCAGCCCAGGGCUCCCGAAGUCUUACCUUCACGAGGGGGGCCAUCAACCCAGCAGGGAGAUCGAAGUAGGGCACAUUGGGGACCAGGCUGGGGUCGUCAUGGUUGAUAUGGGGAGGGCCCUGUCUUCGCAUGUGGGGGGGCUGCCCAUUAAAGCCAUGGGGGGGAGGGCCAAAGUCAGGGUGCUGAGGCCCAGCCCAGGGUGGGUGCUCAUUGAUCCCAGGAUGAGGCAUGCGGUGGCCAGGGUGGUGGUGAGGGGGUCCCAUCUCUGCAAAAAAGAAAUUUUGUGUCAGGACUUAUUGGUAGCUGAGAGGUACCAGUAAGUCAGGACCACCCAGCUAAGGGGCAAGGAGGCCCAGCUGAGGGAAGGAAAUAUCAAGGCCAUCGAAACCUCAAGACAGCAACGCCCAGGGCUGAAUUGUGUCUAACCCACCAACAGUGUGAAUACGGGAGUCCUAACCCCAGACCUAACCCAGAAAGUGGCUGUAUUGAGAGGCAGGGAGUAGUUAUGGAAGCCAGGGCCGUCUCCACCCAGGCGGAGGCUGGGCCGUUACAGAGGCAGUUACUAACAGGAGGUCUUCAGGGUGGACCCUAACCCAACAUGACUACUGUCCUUGUAAGAGGAGGUUUCCAGGACACAAGCUCACACUGAGGGGAAGAUGCCAUUUACAGGCCUGGGAGUGGUCUCAGAAGAAACCAGCCCCGCUAACACCUUGACCUCAGACUGCUGGUCUCCAAAACUGAGGGACAAUCAACAUCUGUCACAGAAGCUGCUCAGCCCGGGGUCCCUGUUAGAGCUGUCAUGGAACACUAACGUGAGCCAUGAACACGGGGAGUGCCCCACAGAUAAACAAACAUCACAAACAGUUUAACAAAUAAACAUGGAAGUUAGUAGAAAUAAAAAUUUUUUUAACAAGUAAAUGAAUGAAAGACUGAGUAAAAGACGACUCUGCCCUAAAGCCAGGAGCUACUUCCCUUUUGGAACCUCACGUCCUCCUGUGCAAACUGCAGUGAGUCCAGGCAAACGUGAGAGCAGGCCCAGGCUUCAGACCUCUAACAGCCAGCCCGGCAUGAGGAGGGACUCAAGGUGGCGAGGACAAGGAGCAAUCAGACAUUUGCAGGCACCGUCUUUGCCUCUCCCACCUCCCUAGGGCCCAGGCUGAGCUCCAUGUCAGCUUAUGGCCCUCUGCCUGUUACUGUCACUUCGGGGCAGGCCAGGGGUGCGUUUCCCAGGCAUUCCCACGGGCACCCUCACACUUACCGGCCGGGAAAUCCCCCUGGGGGUAGUCGAAGCGGUGAGGAUAGGGUGGCCGCUCAAAGGGAUGGCGUGGGGGGAAGUCAUCUUGCAUGAAGCGAGGUGGGAAGCGGUUGAAGUUGUGGGGGUGUGGUGGCUGGUUGAACUGUGGGUGCUGCUGGUGGGGCGGGAAGGGCCCACGGAAGUGGGGUGGCCGCUGCAUGCGGAAGGGUGGCUCGCGCUGGCCCCCACCCCAGGGCGGCUGCUCAUGCUGACUGUUCCAGGGACCCUCGAAUUGGCUGUUCCAGUUGGGGUCGGGCUGACUGUUCCAAGGCGCGUCACGCUGGCCAUUCCAACCAGGGUCCCCACGCUGCUCACCCCACAUGCCCUCGUGGCUGUUGUUCCAGGGCGGGCAGUGGGGUGGCCCACCCUGGUGGUGUGGGUAGGGGGGUUGCUCAGGAGGCUGUAAAGCAAAGCACAGAUGUGAGCCUCCUGCAAGGUCAGGCCCCAGGGUGCUCAGGAGACACUGGCAGCACCGGCCUCAUCCAGUGGCGCCUCAGGCCUGGAGGGCCCAAGCCUGGUGGCAGAUCUGCUGCAUCUGGGCAGACACCGUCACACCCAGGCCCUCAGGCUCCCAACCACCACACCUGCAAUCUCAUUCCCAUGGCUGCUCCUGGCCACCAAGGCCCACUGCGCAUACAGGCAAGACCACCAUCCUCUCCCUGCCACUGCUUAGACAAACACCAGCUCCCCCACCCUUCAGGGGUGGUACAGUGACUGUAUCAGCAUGGCCAGGCCCCAGGUGUCCACGAUGGACGUUCUUCAUGACACUCCCUCCCUGUUUCACUUUCUCUUUCCCUCCAAGGCCAUCACCUGGGGUUGCUGCCCUCAGACCUAUCCCAGGACCUGCCUCUGGGCCCUGUGCUGACACAGCAGCCUUCUGCGGCUUGAAGGCAGCAGCUCCAGACUCUGGUGCUCUGACAGCGCCCUAAAGCCAGGAUCAUAAACUCUGACGGGGGCUGGGGUGCAAAUGUACACAGAUGAGGCUGGCCAGGCUGCCAAACCCCUUCAAGAGAAAGCAGAAAACCAGAUUUUUAAAAAUAAAUAGCCAAAACAUCAACAUGAACAACAGAAACAGCAGGGACUAUUUCUAAAUGCGUGAGACUCCAUGUGGGUACCACAAGCCUACAUUGAUUUCUGUUUCAGUCUUUCGGCACCAGGGAUGGAACCAGGGCACUGUCCACUGAGCCAAAUGCCCAGGCCUUUUUAUGUUUUACUUUUGAGACAGGAUCUUGCUAAAUCGUUUAGGGCCUCACUAAGUUGCUGAGGCUGAACUUGCAAUCCUCCUGCCUCAGAUUCUGUACUACCUUAUGUAACAGGCGUAUGUCACCAUGCAUGGCACCAACCUUGGACGAACUUGUGUACUGCUGGGUCAAGGCGGAGCCUCAGUGAGCCUGAUCUAGUUUGCAGACAAAGGGCCUAUUUCCCGCCUACAGAAUGGAUGAGAGCUGCUCUCUACUCAGGGGGCACCCCCAAAGCUCCCCCACCACACAGCUCAGAGCCAGCACUCAGAGGAGGGAGCAGUCUAUGAAGAUGUCCUAUUUUCUGUGAAGUUAAAUCUUUGGUCCUGAAGCUGAGGGUGGGGGCUCAGGCCAUGAGCUGUUUCCUUGCCGUCCUUAGGUCCUCCCUGUGGACACACAUUCACCUGGGAAGGCCAUGCCACAUUGAGAAAAAGCAGAUAUCCAGAGAAGGCCUGGGCUGCAUUCAAAUGCUCCGUCCAGCUGGAUCCAGCGGGACGCAGGGCGUUUCCUGGUCAUGCUGUGCCAGGCUACCUUGUCCUGGCCUGAAGGUUCCCAACCCUAAGGAAUCUGUUAGCCCCAGGUUGUAGGUUGUUAGCCUACAACCUCCUGAAGUCUGAGGCUCUGACUGUCCCUUUCUUCAGGAAACUACCUAUUCCUUUCAGGAUGCAAAAUGCUGACGCUCCGUGAGUCAAACCAGCUAGAGCAGCUCCUUCCCAGCACUCUCAGGAGAGGAGAUCUACAUUAUGGAGAGGCCCGGAUGACGACUGGGAUAGAAAAGGGGCCUAGCCAGGGCUGAGCCAGAAUCUCACUCCAGCUUCCUCAGAGCUACAAACUGCCCACCGACAGCAGUCUGUCCAUCUGCCUGCCAUCUCAUCAGGCCCCAAGUGUCCACCCUGACCCCCAAAGUUUUAUGGAAUACCUGCUGUUGGCCCCAAGGAGCAACAGGGUGGGGCUGAUCAAACCAAGGGGGCUUGUUAGGCGGAAUCUGGUCAUGAGGUCCGGGGCCCCGGGGGCCGGCAGCUGCAGGAUCCUGGACCCCUCCUGUGCCAUCGUACUCUGAAGAGCCCGGCAUUUGGAUGGGAGGUUUGUUGUCAUCUAAAGCCAGGCAAGAAGUGGUCAGAGAAAGCCCUGGUGAGAGGGAGGCUGCCUGACCGGACCCUGAUGCCCAACCAGGGUUGGGGUUGACAAGUCUUGCUUCAUGAUUCCACUGGAGACCAUGACCACCUCCCUCUUCCAGGAAGGGGAUGAGAGGGAGAUUCUGACCUCCCACGUGAGACGUACCCAUCUUCUCUACAGCAUACGUAUCUUACUGUCUCAGCUGUCUUGAUUUUAACUUGUAGAAUUUUUAUCAUUGAUUUUUAAAUUAAAUUUCUAUGUCUAGUUAAAA